UUCAAGUGCAAUUAUGAGUGGCGUGAUCAAUGCCUCCGGUGUGGCAAGGACAAAGGCGGCCCCAGUCAGCGCGUGGUCCAGCCUCGCGGGGUCUGGGCUGGUGGCGUCUCCCCUUCCGUGCGUGCGCCCAAGCCGAAGGGACUUCCGCCCCUCACCGACGAGCAGGUCCGUGCCUAUGCCGCCAUGGACCCCGCUGCGUAUGAGGCCGUGGCGGGCACGCUCACCCAGUCGGCGCGGGACCGCAUCCUGCACCAGCGGGGCCUCCUCUCGGGUGAUCCGCAGCUGGUGUCGAGGGCAGCGCAGAAGGAGAGUGAUGUGCUCACGGAUCGGCUCGGCAAAGUGCAGAAGAAGUUCGAUAAGGCGCAGGAGAAUCUGCAACGAGCUGUCCGCUGGGCAGCAGAAGUUGGUGCUGAGCUUGAGGGGCUCCAGCAGCAGCAGAAGGAGGCGGCCGCGCGCGGGGCAGCAGCGCUGGCGCGGGUGGGCGGCGCGGCCGCCGCCGCGCCUUGCACGCCGCCUGGCCAGUGCGACGGGUUGCUCCAGCAGGCGAGGCUGCUCGGUGACAUCGAGCUCGAGGCCGAGCUCACGGAGGUGGCGGCGCAGCUGGCGCACGCUCAGCAGGAGCUGCAGGCGAAGGCCGCGCAGGCCCAGCACCCCCCCCCUGCGGCGCCCGCUGGCACCGCCCCGUCUGGCGGUGCCCAGCCUGGCGCAGCCAGCGCGGGCCUCCCCUCGGGAUGCGGCUUCGCGGCAGCAGGGUCAGCGGGCGCAGGGCAGCAUGCGCCGCCUGCUGCAGACACUGUGGGCGGUGCUGACCAUGAUGUGCGUGCCCGUGCAUGGGCAAGCCGCAACGAGCAGAAGCUGCUCGAAGCCUGUGCCAGCGCAGUCGGCGACGACGAUGACAUGGACCUCGACGAGGGCGCCAAGCGGGCCAUCAAGCAGCGGGCCAUCGAGCUGUUCGGCCAGGAGCAGGCGUUGCGCAAGACAGGAUGGAAGGCAGCCAUCAAUCCUGCCGUCCGUGCUGGCGCCGCUGAUGGCGCCUCAGACAGCUUAGCGGGCCUAUCUGGCGGCACCAUGAUAGCUACGCCUGCUCGCUAUGGGCUCAGCCAGCCAGAGGGCCUCUCCCAUUGCGUGUGCCCAGCCAGAGCCUCGCUGUUGCAUCUGAGCCAUGGUCCGAAAGGAGGUCUGCUGGUUGGCACCAUGUACUUGCACGACUCCGAGGACCUCAGUGAAAGGAACUGGCGUAUCUUCUGCGACAUGGGUCAGGCAGUCAAGAGCUCAGGUCUACCUUUCAUCCUCAGUGCAGACUGGCAGGUGACGCCCGAGGAGCUCAUGGAGAGUGGCUGGGUGGCAGGCAUUG